AUGCCGGUGCCGCAGGGCGCUGCCGCUGGCAAUCAGCCAGUCGUGCAGCCAGCCCAGCCUCUUCAGUCAACUUUGCCAGCGCAGAAAGCGGGUAUGCAGCCUGCUGUGCCGCCGGGGGUUCAAGGCGUACCUGCCUCGUCCCCGACUGCCGCAGGGUCUAAACCAGGUAACAGCUGGGUUUCGCGAGGUGUCUUUGAAUCAUGCUUGUACCUGCAUGUCCCCAUCCGAAGAUGAGCGGAGCCUGGAGCAUGAUAUUACCUGCCCUACCACUGUCACUUUGCAUCUGAAGUGGCAGUUUUGCCUGCCUUGCGCGUUCUCUUCUCACGCCUAGUCGCCUUUUUCUCUGUAGUCCGGCUCUGUUCCAGUUAAUUGAGGGUAAACCGACUUCUUUCUAUUUUCCACCAACCUGCACUCUGGUACAGCUUGCAAUCCUGGACUGGCUUAUGCAACCGGACGUGGAGUACGGCAGCGGGGUAUACGUGCACAAGAUACUGCUGUUUUUCAAGUGCACACUGAACAGGCUGGUGAGGGCAAUCUUACCGUCAAUCUAAAGCGACCAGGUAAGUCAGGAUAAAAGUUGCAUUGUUUCGCUCUUAACUCCAUGAUGCAUACAAAUACUCCUUGAGACAGGUCGGAACAUACUCCAAGUUGCGUUCACACUCACCCCUGGGUGAUAAAGACAAGUAGGCGUGAGGUACAAUACCUCGCCUUGACCAUUUCGACGCAUCCGUUUCAGGAAUUAUUUGGCUUUAUUUAUGUCUAUUUUCUAGCCUGUCAAUCGGGCCCAGAAUUUAGUGUAGACGAGGAUGUUAAACAGAAAGUCAUCUUUGCCAUAUAUUGGCAAUCAUAGUACUUCCGCGCUCUGUGCUAAUGACCGGUCAUAAUACUGUUGAUAAUUCAGUUGAAAUGGUCUCAACUUUGUACUGACGCAAGAUUCAUGUGUUAGAGUAGUCAUUUUAUCCUUUCGUUUGAUAGCCAAAAGCCACUUUAAUUGCGGAUAUAUUUGCCGGAUUCCCGGUCUCUUGACAACAAAUAUCCCGGCGGCCGGAAUCACUGGUUUGCUGGCUUUUCAAAUUUGUCAGAAUUUUAUUUUUGGUUCAAAUUUAUCUUGUGAACAGGAAGGUUGGGUGUCCUUGCAUCAUUUCGGUCUCUUCUUUUCAAUGGCGAUGGUUGUGUAGGUCACCCUAACACUGAUCAAGCUGAACCCGUCUUGUGGUAUCCCUGAAUGCACAUGAGGAUCUAUCGGAGACUCAAGGACCCCAGAUACCCCUUAGAAACAUCUUGUAUGGACGAUAUCUUCCACUCUUUUAGGCACACUUUCACAAUCGUCUCUAGAGUUUGAAGAUCUUUAGCCUAAACGUCGGAUCUAAAUUUUCUUUUAUUCCCCUGCUUUUCGUCGGCUAAUUAGACAUUUUCCUCUUCAGAUGGCCAACCGGAGCCCGUCAAGAUUACCCGCGUAUCAGACCAUCUUUAUGAAUGCACAUACUCCCCCCAGAGACCAGGGCAAUAUACUCUUGGUGUGGAGUAUGGCGAUGGUAACAUUCGAAGCAGUCCCUUCAAGGUGAGCUUUUGAUCCAACCGGGAAAAAGGCGACCUCGUCUCUGCAAGUUCUUUUUGGUGGAUAAUUUCUGUUUGCUUUAUCAGCCCCUGUCCAACUUUAUCUCCUUUUGUUUUAAAACUGACUUGCGUACAUUUUCCGCUUACCUCUUAGGUUGUCGUUGGGCCUUAUAUAAAGUCUGCGAUUCGCGCCUUCGGGCCAGGUCUGCACGGUGGCCUUGUCAAUAGUCCAAACGUCUUCACGGUCGUAACCAACGGCUCCACUGGCGCACUCGGUAAGGGUUUCAACGGCUGCGGAUAAGUUUGCCUUUGAACUGUUCAAAACUACAAGCUGAGCUUAGGCUGUCACUCAUAGGACAAUGGGAGAUUCAUGCAGAAUUGUGUUAAAUUGACACAAUUAAAGUGCUGUGGUGCAUGUCUCGAAAAGACCUAAACCUAGACAACCAUGAACUCUAGGCUAACAUCAUUUCUGAAUCGGCCAUUCGACAAGAAGUCAUGACCACCUACCCAGUGGGCUCAGCCACGUCUGCUUUGUUUUAUCCGCCACGGCAAGCUACUUGUUAAAAAUGCAAACUUGAAUGGCUUCUAUGGUGCUGGACUAUUACAGUAAGAUUGAUAUCAGAUCCGAACUUCUGACCUAUACUCUGUCACGUUGUUGCCUCUCCCCUUCUCAGUCAAUCUCUGCUGUUUUUCCACAAAAAGGUUUCCUUAUCGAAGGACCAAGCGAUGCAAAGAUCACUUGUGAGGACAAUGGUGACGGUUCUGUCCUCGUGACCUAUACGGUAUCGCAACCAGGAGAGUAUGCCGUGCACAUCACUUCCGAUGACGAGGACAUUCCAGAUU